AUGCGGCACCUCAAAUCUGCCAACAUUGUGGAAAUGGUCCAGCUGUUAUCCGUUGUUGUGACUGCCGACCACACCCAUUCCUCUGUGGCCAGUGUGAUGUCAGGGUCCACCGAGAGCGGAAAGAUCACAGCAGACACCUUCCGGAAAAGCUUCAUUGAGUGGGAGGCUGUUAGAUUCGAAGUGGACAAAUUAUGCCGGAAAGAUUACUUUGACUGUCCAGCGUGCAGCCCAGACAUGCUUGCGGUAUCUGUUGAUGGAAACCGCAAGCACUACAGAUUCAACAGUGCAGCAAGAUCGGAGGAACAAGCCGUCUUUGAUGGUGUGUUCAUUGCGAAUGAUGAUGAGGUCGGAAGAUUCGUGGACUAUGUCCAUGCCUCAACCAGCCAUGUCUCUGGAAGAGGUGUCUGUGGAGGGCAGUGGUCAGCGGCGCGUGAAACGUCUAAGAAGUCCUCAGGAAAAACAGACGAGGAGGGCCUGGAACUUGCGGUCUGCCGUCAUGGUGUUCUCCUCCGUGCCCUUAAUAUGUUUCGAGGUGAAAUCUUUGCCUACCCCCUGUACCUCCAAAAGCAAAUGUCCCACAAGCAAGUGACAUUUUUCGCCAUGGAUGUGGCUUGCAAGUACUGGCCUUACCUGCGGAGAGUUACAGAGAAAUGCCCGGAGUUUCAGGAUCUCCUGACCAUGAGGCCAUUUCUCUCGGUUUUUCAUGCCAAAGCUCACGAUUUCAAAUGUGAGGUAAAAUGGAGUGGAGCGUAUCAGGAGGGGGCUGGGUCGACUCUUGGGGAAGAGGUGGAGCAGUGUAACGCCUUCCUCUCGAGGAUUGCUGUCACGACAAAGCACAUGUCAAAAGCAGGACGCAUAGACAUGCUGACGGUCAUGGCCAUGCGCUGGAACCAACAAAAGUUUGACAACUUGGCUUCCACCCUUGCCCGCCGAUAUCGUAAGGCCACAGUAGCCUUGCAAUGCCAGUUGCAUAACCUGGAGACUAUGAAAACAGAAAUGAACAUCACAGACAAUCAACUGGAGAGAUGGACCAUUGAUAUCAAAGAGUGGGCAGAAGCAACAACAUCCCCAAAUGAUGCUGAUCUUGCCGCUGUAACCAGCCGAAUUGAGGAGCUGGUGGCGAGUGUUAAGGGGAGGUCCCAGCGUCUUUAUAAAGACAAUGACGGAUGCAAAGGACGUGCCCGGAUCCGCCGAAAGAUCAGGGAGGAAAAAAACAAUUUAAAUGCUGUACUGGAAAAGUAUAACACCAUGGUUCCUAAUGCAGAUAACCUGACCUUGGAUACCAUUCUAUCUGACGAGAUUGUGCCAUGGCAAAUUACACACGGUGACUCUGUAGAUCUAAGGACGAAGAGGAAGGUGUUCGACAUUGUGAUGGCAGUAAGGAGACUUGAGGAGGAGAAGAGGAUUCUUAUUGCAGAGAUGAACAAGCAUUGGAAGUCUAUUUGCACCUGUGCAGACUCCCUGAGGCAGAUGUCAUCCCAGCUUUCUAAGGUGACAUCAGGUGAGACAUGGGGCCUGCUUCAAGAUGGGAUCCAAGGUCUACAGAGCUUGAUGAUGAAGAACAAGCAAGCAACCAACAACAUCGCAAAGCAUGCAAAGAACUGCUAUGUUCAAGUUUUGACUGGAACAGAAAUGAACUUUGAUAGUGAUUCUGAUGAAUACCAUACCAGUAGUGACUCUGAGCAAGAUUAA